CAACCGAUCUACGGCCAAGAACCAAGGGAAACAUGGCUUCAGGCGUGACCGUGAACGAUGAGGUCAUCAAAGUGUUCAAUGAGAUGAAGGUGCGCAAGUCCUCGUCUCAGGAGGAUGUGAAGAAAAGGAAGAAGGCGGUGCUGUUCUGUCUGUCGGAGGACAGCAGGAAGAUCAUCGUGGAGGAGGGCAAACAGAUCCUCGUGGGCGACAUUGGGGACACAGUCCAGGACCCCUACGCCUGCUUCGUCCAGAUGCUCCCGCCCAAAGACUGCCGCUACUGCCUGUACGACGCCACGUAUGAGACACGCGAGAGCAAGAAGGAGGACCUGGUCUUUGUGUUCUGGGCUCCAGAGGGCGCUCCUCUGAAGAGUAAGAUGAUCUACGCCAGCUCCAAAGACGCCAUCAAAAAGAAGUUUACAGGUAUCAAACACGAGUGGCAGGUGAACGGCCUUGAUGACAUCCAGGAUCGUUCGAACCUGGCAGAGAAACUAGGCGGUCCCGUGGUCGUGUCCCUAGAGGGCAAGGCUCUGUGACGGGCGCCUGCUGCAGCCAAUCACGUGCCAUCCUGCUCCCACGCCCCACCCACCGCUGUCUGAAGGAGGAUCUUUAGGCUCUUUGUCCAAUGAAGGAUCGGUUUAAAGCGUUUACAGCUAACUUCAAGAACUACAA